UAUAGAUGCAAAAAAUCCAAUUACUUUUUAAUGUUGGAAUUCUCCUAGUCCUGGCAAAGCCAGCAGGUACAUGUCAUUAAAUUUAAGUGCCAUUUAUUAAUUUUCCUUUUUGUUUUCUUUGAUUUUAGGCUUUUUAACCUCUUUGGCUGAACUUACAUUUACUGAUUUACGCAAUUAUCUUUUACAGCUGGAGAAGACACAGAAGUGGGUGACGUGGGUCUAUAUACUGCAGGUGUUAAACGAGGAGGAAAUAUCAAGCUCUCCUGUGAUGUAGAGAGUAACAAGACGUUAAAAGCAUUACGUUGGACAGGCCAAGACAAGGCAAGUUCACCGAGGAAAACCAUUGCUGAACUAACUUUCAAAGCGGAUGCAACCUAUCGGUUUCUACCGUAUCAAGAGCAAUACAACCUGAACAAUGACAGUUAUACUCUGAUGGUGUCAAACAUGAACUCAUCUAUGGAGGGAUAUUAUACAUGCUAUGCAAACAAUAUAGUCAGGAAUGAAUACCACAUUUAUAUGACAGGUAAUUGACAUAUGAAACAUUGAAACCAUGCUUUUGUAAAGAGUUGCUGAAACUAUUUCAUGUACAGUAUAUUUCCUCCAAUAAAUAAGCCAGACAUACUGGUAACUAACCACAUCACUUUUUGACAACAAUUGUAGAUUCCUGCACCGUUAACAACUGCAAAAAAUCAGUGAAGAAAGGGAAAUUGUUCUUAGAACUUUCCACCCCAUCUGACAACUUGCCCAAGUAUUUUGGAAGUCUGAAAGUGACCGGAGAAUGCAAUGGAACGACAAAAGAGAUCUGUCAUAUAGAUUUAGUAAAUUCCAGCAACACAAAUUGUGAAUUUAUGGGUGGACAGUCAUCUCGGUACUGGAUAAUUGUAACAAAUGGUGAAAAGUAUCAACCCUGUAAUGUCUAUCUCACUCUGAUAAAAUCAUCUGCUUGUUUUACCAGUGAAGUCUGGAAUUUUACAGUUAAAGCAGAAGAUGAAGGUUGGUACAAUUUGAGUAGAGAUAAAAAAUAAAAUCAAAACAGAACCAAAUAUUGUUUCCAUUCACAAGUUUGACACAAGAUACACUCUCCAUCCCACCUGCCUUUACUUACAAAAUAUGUUUCCAUGCAUGAAUAUGUGAUUUCUUAGCUGUGUUUAUCCCAGUCAAUAGGUCUAUAUAAAUAGCUAUGAUCUAACAGUCUAACUGAAUACUAACAACUGGCCUCUAUGGGACUUGUAGGUCAAAUCUCUACUAAAGAACAACCAUCAUCCACCAAUAUACCAGAACCACCCACUUCUGCACAGGGUAGGUAUAUAUAAAAAAAUUAGCACAAUUGUAAUCAUGAUGAUGAUGAUGUUUUCUCAAAUCAGAUGACAUAGUCAUGACACAUAUCCUUAAAUUCAUUUUAGUUCCUUUCAUUUUAGUUUCAUUAUGCUAUUCAGUAUAUUUAAUCCACUUUGACUAUGGUUGUAUCAGACUUAGUUAUAUAUUUUGUUUUAUCAUUUCCACUAGACGAUGACACUGCAGCCACAUCCAAACCAAAAUCUGUCGCUGUUCUAAGUGGUAGUUCAUUACUGAUGUUCCAGAUCAUGCUUCUUUGGGCAUGGUUUUCAAAUUUAUAAAGUUUUAUAGUUAUAAACCAACUUUGUAUAUUGUAUUAAGUUAACAUUGAUAGUUUAAUACACGACACAGCUGUAGCUAAUGCAGUUUAUUAGCACAGUUUAUCAUUAAAAUGAAAAUAUUUAUGAGCAAAUAUUAUCACUUUAAAUUUCAUUGACAUAUAGUGACAUAUUUCAAAUUGGUAAAAUUUCACGUAUGGAAGGUAAGUGCUCAAAAUGCACAGAGAUGAAUAUUACUAAAAGAGUACAUACCAAUAACUUUAAGGUCUAACCAAUUGUCAACUACACUCAACCAUAGGCAUUAAGACCAUAACUAAAAUGGAUAACAGUCAAAGUUUUGCAUUGAAAUUACAGGUUUAAUUUCGGCUGGAGUUUGGCAGUACUGUCAGUAGUGAUAUACAUACAUGCUGUGGUUAUUUCUGUUUGGUGGAAAGAAGUUGAAUGUUUAUUUAUUUUUCAUAUUUAUGUACAUAUUUAAACUUACUGUGGGCAUGCUUUCCCAUGCUGCUUAUGGCUAUGUUGUCAAGUUAAGUAUAAAAUAAUAUAUGUUUUGACUAAGAUGUAAUAUUUUAAGCAAAUACAUACCAUAUAAGCAGUUAUUUGAACUGAUAUUGUUAAAUAUUGCACAUGCAUGUGUGUGUGUUUUGUACAUAUACAAGUUUGUAAUAAAAUUUUGAC